AUGAAUCAAUCUUCCAGCAUGCCAUCAUCAUCAUCAUCAUCAGCUUUUGCCAACAUAAACAACAUUCUUUGUGCAUCCACCGUAGCUUGGUCGACUUGGUGGGAACUUCCUCCAACUCUAUCUGGUGCCAACGACAAGGCUGCAAAGUUUCCCACCAGCAGUGGUCGUGGUGGUGGUGGUGGAGCUCUUCGAUUGUUGCAUCGUUGUCAAGCCGAAUAUGGAUGGGACCUGGAGGCUGCCAAACGCAUUGUAAAGGCCUAUAAGGAUUUUCUUCAUGCGGCAUCCUUUUUACCAUCCAAUCAUUGGUUAAUGCCCUGUCCAUUGGUCGAUCAGAUUUGGCAAUUGCACAUUUGGGAUACCCAACAUUAUGAAAGUGAUUGCCAACUAUUGAUGGGACGGAUUGUUCAUUACAAUAAUUAUUUGUUGGAGAAUGAUAAUGACGAUUUUGAUAAUGACAAUGAUGAUGGCAUUUCAAAUGAUGGUGCAACGAAGAAUCAACAAAAGUCACAGCAAGAGCACCAGCGCCAUCAGCAUAGGCAACGACGACGAAGGCACAAGAGACAGCUCAUCAAAAAUACAAUCCAGUUCAUUUGUGAAAAGACCAAUCAAGAACAACUCGAUCCCAAAGUGUGGCAAUUUGGUGGCAGCACUGGUAGUUCUGGUAGUUCUGGUAGCAGCAGCAGGGCUUCCACAAUGAACAACCAGCAGCAGCCAAAACCAACAGCAACAAGAACAAGAACAAGACCAAUGGAACCAAUAUCACUAAAGCGAGAUUGUGCGUCACCAAUAACAUCCAACGACAGUGGUGGCGACGAAAAUAAUCAUGAUCAUGGCAGACGGAGAAAGAAGAUCCGCCUCACUGAUUCCAGAGGUCGUCGUCACCCAUGGAAGAAUCCUACUAGUAGUCCUACUACCAAUACUACUACUUUCAUUAUUUCGGUUCAGAUCCACUGUUCUUUGAAUUCCAAGAAAUACUACUUGGAACAACAAAAGGAUAACCAGGAUGAUGCUGAGAACAAUACUGGCCAUGAGGAGGAGCACGGCAAUGCUCCUAGUAGUAGUAAUGUGGAUGACAAGGAAAACCAGCAGGAGGAAUCAUCAUCGUCGUCGAGCCAUCACUAUUCCACCACCACCACCACCAAGCUUCAAACCUUUCACCUUGAAAAGCAUGCUCCGUUAAAUCGCAUCUUUCAAGAAGUUGCAAAUGCCCAAGAGUUGGAUCGCAAUUGCCUACACUUCACCUACAAUGGACAAAUCUUGGAAGGUGACGAGACUCCACAUGCCUUGUCCAAAUACUAUGGUGGUGGUGGUGGUGGACGAGUCACGAACAAGGCAAUGGACAGCAUGCCCAGUAAUUCUGUCAAUGAUACUGUCAAUGAUGCCAAAUCAUCAUCUUUGCGCCACUUGAAUAUUGAGUGCUCUCCUGUGUUAUCUGAAUGUUAG